GUCCACACAGAACUAUGCGUCCUCCUUCGCCAUCCAUACCUGAAAAAGAGUUUCUUUAUAACGCCUUGAAAGAAUCUCUCCGCCUCGAUGGGCGUCAGUUUCUCCAUACACGAACACCAAGUCUCACAUUUGGCCCCGAGCUAGGAUGGGUCGAAUGUGCUAUGGGCGACACACGGGUGAUCGCACAAGUUGACGGCAAGAUGGUCAAACCACUCCCUGAGCGGCCGUUCGAAGGGAUGAUCACGAUUCAUUCUGAGAUAUCUCCCAUGGCAUCUAGCGAGUAUGAACCCGGUCGGCCGUCAGAAGAGGAAGUCAUCAUCACCCGAAUGCUAGAUAAAGUCAUACGGAGAAGUGAUGCUGUCGACAAAGAGUCGCUUUGUGUCUUGGCAGGACAACGCGUCUGGCAUCUUCGUCUGACGAUUCACUGUCUCGCCGAUGCUGGAAACAUGCUUGAUUGCGCCUGCCUGGCAGGUAUCGUCGCCCUCAAGCAUUUCCGAAGACCAGAAGUAGAAGUUAUUGGCGACGAAGUAACAAUUCACGCUCCAACAGAACGAGCCCCCAUCCCUCUCGCAAUCCACCACACCCCAUAUUGCUUCACCUUCGCCUUCUUCCCCGACCCCACCAUCCGCCCCGUCGUCGACCCAACACUCCUCGAGCAAAGACUCAGCGCUGGCUUACUCACUAUCGCCCUCAACGCCCAGCGCGAAAUUUGCGUUUUACAAAAAGCUGGGGGAACCCCCCUCGCGCCUAACGAGAUCUCCAACGUAGUUCGUAUUGCGGUGGGACUGGCGAAAGAUCUAGAUCAGCUCGUCGAAGCCAGGUUGCUAGAGGAUUGGGAGGGUAGACAUGUGGAAGUACGAUGAGAUGAGGAAGGGGAAAGAUUGCUCAAAACUUGCUUGAUAUAUAGCAACGACAGUAGAUGAUU